AUGUCACGUUUAGGAUACGGAGAGGGAUAUGGGGCGGAUGAUUCGGGUCGGGAGUACGGAUCUCGACGACAAAAGGUGUUUGGGUAUUUGAAGGCUGCAAACGAUAUGCGUCAGGCGUAUACCUCGUCCAUCCAGCAGAAAUGGCAGAACACAUAUGAUGAAAACGGGGUGGAUGCACCGGGGGCGUUUCCCGAUGCUGAUAUCGCGCGGUCCGGUGAUGAAGAGAUGGUAAUAUUUCCAAGCUAUGCGAGGAGGCAUGUGAAGAGAAUGCGAAACGCACCUGCGGAACCCCAGCCAAUGCCUGGCACACACGAGGAUAUCGAUCGACCGAGCUCACCGGGGGAUAUGAAUUACUGGAAGCAAGAGUGGGAAAACUAUGAAGACGAUAAUGCUAUCGUCGAUAUCGAUGUGCGAGGGUGGCUAUAUGUGCCCCAGCGCGGAGCCAUGAACCGAAAGCAUCGGCUAAUGAUCGCACUGGCGAGAAAGCUCAGUGGAAUACCAGCUCCUACAGCUCCUUCAAGCAACCCCAUACAGCAGAAUCUUGCCAGAAGGGAAGACGAGGAUGCCACCCGAGAAGCUCAAUCGAUUAUCAACAAGGGCGAACACGACGCAGACGUUGCGUGGAGAAGCAACCGAUCUGGAGAUAACAGCGACCCUGACUCACCUGGUAGACUAUCACGGGUAUCGACGAACUCAUUGCAGAAUAAAGAUAAUCUGUCCGUGGCAAAUGCACGUCUGAUGGAGAGAUUAAGGCCGUUCAUGAACAAUCCCACUGUCGGCGGGGCGAUCACUCUGUUCUUCUUCAACGAAGAAGAGAGUCAGUCCAGGACAACGUUGACAGAUGACUCGGGGCAUUUCAACAUUAGAACAGCUCUGGAGUUUAUACCCACUCAUGUGAGAAUACUCGCUUCUGAAUCACUAUCUGUCACAGAAGAAAUCCGGAUCAUCGAGCCCAGAGGAGUCAGUUUGAUCAGCGAUGUUGAUGAUACCAUCAAACAUUCGGCUAUCGCCAGUGGCGCCAAGGAAAUUUUCCGAAAUACCUUUGUGCGCGAACUGGAUGAGCUGACUAUCGACGGCGUCAGAGAAUGGUACAACAAACUGGCAGGCAUGGGCGUCAAUAUGCACUACGUAUCCAACUCGCCAUGGCAGAUAUACCCCUUGCUGAAAACGUAUUUCAAGUUGGCAGGCCUGCCACCCGGCUCUUUCCAUUUGAAGCAGUACAGCGGAAUGUUGCAGGGCAUUUUUGAGCCUACUGCAGAACGAAAGCGAGUUUCGUUGGAAAAGAUCAUGCGUGAUUUUCCCGAGCGGAAAUUCAUUCUGGUUGGUGAUAGCGGAGAAGCAGACUUGGAGGUAUACACAGAAGUAGUCCAGCAGAAUCCAGGGAGAGUGCUGGGCGUGUUUAUCCGUGAUGUGACGACGACGGAAAAGAAGGAGUUUUUUGACAAAUCUUUUGACCAGUCGAGAUCUAAUUUUUCGCGAAACUUGCCACCGGUGACGAACGAUCGUGCGGAUUCCUUUGCAGCCAGGCCAGCAUUACCACCACGACAGCCGUCUGUUACGAACUCGAGCCAACCCGAAAAUCUGAUUUCGUUUGACGAUUAUUCGUCAAGCGAUAAUGAGGUACCUGAAACUACGGUUAGAAAGCCACCACCAGUCAAACCUUCGAAACCAUCUGCCUUGCGAACAGCAACCACAGUGCCUGCAACAGCAGCAGCCUCUGAAGAGAAACCGGAAACCAUACGACGAAAACCGGCGCCGCCUCUUCCAGAUAAACCGCGUCGACUGUCAACUCCUCAGAGAGAGCCACAAAAAGACAGUACAUCUCAAGAAAGAGCACCUCCAUUACCGCAACGCAAGCCCACCGCGAAUGAUACAUAUACUAACACCGUGAAAAACAUGGCCGUGAAUGCAUAUAACAAUAUACCUUCUACUAGAGACACCAUGGACGCACUGUCUAAUCUGUCACUCAAAGACGCCGGGAAGUCUCAAGACGACGCUUAUAUCACUACGGCUUCUUCGAAACGUGGAACACCGCCACCUCCUCCGCCACCUCGUCGCGCCAUGACCAGUACGCCCAACAACGAAAAGAAGAAUAUCAACACACCGCCCAAACUGCCAUCCAGACAGGGAACGCCACUACCUCUAUCCAGCAGCAGCAGUAAUCCCCGGCUCAAUAACACGAGCAACGCAACGAGCACAACGAAUAAUCCAGAUUUUUACGACUCGGGUCUGGCAUAUAACAACAGUUCCGAGGACGCUCCUCCUCAGCCACUGCUCAACAAGCGUGAAGAACUGUGGAAACGGCGCUGGGAACGGGCUCAGCAGAUUCUGUCGGAUCAGGGUGUUUUGCUGGGUAGUUGGAGAGUGGGUAAGGAUGCACAGGAUAUUACCACCUGGCUGGUUGAGGAUUCGUUGAAGAAGAUGAGUGAGAAAAAGUAA